AUGGAGGCCAGUCCACCAGCGUCCAAGACGCCGAAGCAUCAUGAGUCUCCUUCCGAUGGACCCAGCGGGUCACCAGGACGGGGAGUCAAACGUCAAAAGGUGACCAGAGCUUGUGAUAAUUGCAAGUCGAGAAAGCGACGAUGUACAGGAGAACUGCCAUGCACAGCAUGCCAUUCAACCGGUUCCAAUUGCACAUACACUGCCUCCUACACGAGAGGUAGGCUGGUCCAACCUGUGCCUGCUGCUCACCGAAGGAAUGGGAGCGGAUCACUCUAUGUACCUCAUCCCGACAACGUACUCGUGCAGACUACUUUGGCGCCCACCAACAAUGGCCAAGAAUCAAGGACCUCCAGGGCCGCUUCUCCAGAGGGUGCUUCCACAUUCGCUGGCCAAUAUCUUGGACCGACUUCACCCUACACAUUCUUGCGCCGAGCUUGGAAACGCUUCGAGCAGGAUGGCAUGCGUGUCGAAAUCGUAGGAGGACCAACGGAAGACCUGGCUCAAUCAGAAUCGAUCUGGGCCUUUGGUGACCGCCCGAUCCCGCCUGUGAACUUCCAGGGCCUGCAGCUACCACCGCGUCCAACGAGUUCAAUGCUUCUGCACAACUACUUCGAUCUCGCAAUGCCGACGUAUCGGUUCCUGCACAAGCAGACCAUUUCGCAAUGGCUAGAGGAAUACCACCACAUGGAAGAAACCGGUCUCGACGGAAACGCCCUGCCACCAACUCGGCAAGCAGUCGUUCUGAUGGUGCUGGCAACAGCGCGAUUCUUCAAUGUAGGCGGCAACAGCAAGAUCCUGGACCCGGACGAGCAGUCGUGGCGUGAGAGUGAGCGGUUCUUCCAAUUAGGUCAGACGAAGUUGGACGCGGAAAGGGGUAAACCCAGGCUGGAAUCUGUCCAGGCCCGGAUUGCGAGUUGUCUCUAUCUGCUUCACACGUCUCGUCCAAAUCAGGCGUGGUAUCAAUUUGGAACGACGAUCCAGCUGGCCAUGGCGCUUGGAUUGCACAGGUGCAGCGCUGGCACCGUUGGCCAACCCGACCCUAUCACGAAAGAAUGUCGAAAGCGGGCGUUCUGGGCAGCGUCAACAUUGGACACCUAUUUGAGUGUAAUCCUUGGACGACCGCCCUUGAUCCAUCUCGACGACGUUGAUCAGAAAUUCCCGGAUCCAAUAGAUGACGAGGAUCUUUCAAGCACUGGGAGUACUACCGAAGGAUUCCCAAGAGACAGCGUCAUCAGGGCUUCGAUUUUGCACGCGCAGAUCACACGCAUCGUGAAGAAGGCAGCUCGUGAGCAAUACUCUGUUCUGCGGAAAAGCGGAUCGCAAAAGCUCGACACCGCUGCGAAACUCAAUGCGGAGACUGCGGCAUGGCACGAGUCCUUACCGGUCGUUUUGUCUGGGGCGAUACAUCCUUCCAGUCUGAUACCGAUCUUCAGGAGACAGAUCACCGUCUUGCAGUUGGCACAUUGCCAUGCUCAGAUGCUGGUCAAUCGACCAAGCCUCCUACUGGAUACCAGCCAAGUCGCCGUGAAAGAGUCCCAGGUCGACAUCUGUCUGUCGGCUGCCAAAACCACCCUCGAUGCCACGCUUGCUGCCGGACUGGGACAGCAUAUCUUUCAAGCCUUCUGGUACACCCAAUUCGUCUGCUUCAAUGCCUUGUCCAUCGUCUGGGUAUGGGUGAUCCAGAGAAAACACAGCCGGCUGCCACCCUUGAAGAACAUCAAGGAUGAGGAGCUAAUCAAACUUGCAAACCACGUCCAACAAUUCCUGGGCGAAGCGACGCAGGCCAAUGCUCCAAGUCUGAGGUAUAGCAUCGUGUUGGAGGAGCUACGAGAGGAGGUCGAGCGUGCGAGCGGCAAAGUCGGGCCUCGUCCAUCAUAUCUGAACGUCGCGGUCGAGGCCCCGAGCAAUGGCUCCACGAGCUACGACACCGUGACGGACACCAUUGGUACUGAGCGCACGUCCGAUUCUCUGGUCGAUACUGCCACGGACAACUUGAUAGAUACUAUGGAUGCAUUCUCGACUGACUUCCCGCUCGAUCCAGACCUCUGGCUCAGCCUGGAUGCUUCCCGUUCUCGGACUUUGGCCAGCUAG